AUGUCUUCUUUACCUCAUUCUAUUUCAAAAUAUUUACAACCUAAAUAUUUAGUACCAUUUGUUGGUUUUACAGCAGUUUCAAUUACUUUAUUUAAUCAUUAUUCGAAUACUCCAAGAUAUAUUUUAAAUGAAUCGGGUAAAACAUUUACAGAUGCUAAUGAAUGGAUUGAUUUAAAAUUAAUUAAAUCGGAAAAUUUAAAUCAUAAUACAAAACAUUUAUCUUUCGCAUUAAAAAAUGAAAAUGAUGUUAGUGGAUUAAUUACAGCUUCAAUGUUAAUGACUAAAUUUGUAACACCAAAGGGUUCAAAUGUAAUUAGACCAUAUACUCCAGUUUCAGAUAUUGAUCAAAAAGGUACUAUUGAUUUUGUUAUUAAAAGAUAUGAAAAUGGUAAAAUGUCAAAUCAUAUACAUGAUUUAAAAGAAGGGGAUACUUUAUCAUUCAAAGGUCCAAUUGUAAAAUGGAAAUGGGAACCAAAUCAAUUUAAAUCAAUUGCUUUAAUUGGUGGAGGUACUGGUAUUACUCCAUUAUAUCAAUUAUUAAAGGAAAUUACAAAUAAUCCAAAUGAUAAAACUAAAGUUUCUUUAUUUUAUGGUAAUUUAUCACCUGAUGAUAUUUUAAUUAAAGAUAAAAUUGAUGAAGUUGUUAAUAAACAUAAAGAUCAAGUUAAAGCUUUUUAUUUUGUCAAUGAUAAAAAAGGUGAUGAAAAUUAUGAUGGAGAAGUUGGUUUUAUUACAAAAGAGUUUCUUCAAAAAGAAUUGAGUAAACCAAGUUCUGAUUUAAAAAUUUUUGUUUGUGGACCUCCUGGUUUAUAUAAAGCAAUUUCUGGUGUUAAAGUUUCACCAACUGAUCAAGGUGAAAUUGAUGGUGCUUUAAAAGAAUUAGGUUAUACAAAAGAAAAUGUAUUUAAAUUCUAA